ACAAUUGACGUUUAGACAGCACUGACGGUGAAUACCAUCAAAUCAUUCCUCAGGUUUUGUUUUGAUUUUAUGAGAAGGUAUCGUACAUCCCCGAUUAUACUUUUGAUAAAUUAAACUUGUCUUAUCGGUGACAACGCAAACAAAUAAAAAUAUUUCAACCGAUUGACAUGUCCCUUGAACACAACACUAAAAUUAUCGAUGAACUGGAUGUUAAUGAUUUCGUUUAUUUGGAGAAAGACCUGGAUUUUUAUGAGAAGGUGUCACUAAUAUUCCUAUUGCACGGGGACAAUCCUGUGAAUGCUAAAAUCGGUCGUCAAAAAUUGUUGAUCUUAUACCAAUGUCAAAACACCCAGACGACGGACAUAUCAGACUGGAUUCGAUCACAAAAUGAUUCAAACUGGCGGUACACUAUAAUUGAAGCUUUGUGGACGAUAAAGGCAAAGCAUGUUCUGCAAAAGCUCGGUCUGGACUUAGAAGACCUUCGUAUCCGUUUUUUGGAACACGCUGAACUGAACCUGAAGAUUCAUCCUGUGCUAAAGGUUCUCUAUUACAUUUGUGAACAACUUGUACCGUGUGAGGCAAGGCUGUUAAUCGACCAUGUGAACAGUAGGGACGGUGGACGAUAUCCAAUCAAUUUUACGGACGAAAAAUAUUUGGAAGUAUUUCUGCUGCAUUGGCUGGCCGAGCUAGUUAUUGAAGCUGGAGAAUGGUCUCCGAUGAAAAAAGCCAAACGAAACGUUUUCUGUAAAGUCGAUUUGAUUGUCGAAUUUUUGAAUUCAAACAAACCCGAUCUGGCUGAGCUGUUGAAACGGAUCUACAUUCGAUUCAAUUUCACAUCCAAUAAUGUAACGUCCGUCGAACGGAAGAAAAAUGUUACAGACGUUGAUGGUCAAGAAGAUACAGCACCAAAUGCCAAAGCAUCAGGCCAGGAUGCUCGAAAAAAUGCCGUCGAAAAUUCAUCGAAUGAAUCCGACCCUUCUGACAAUAAAUAUGUUAUUGAACAAAAGACGGCCGGUCAUGUGCUAAUCAUCAAUCAAAUUGAUUUUUACCGAGAUAAGAUCAAACGAUCCAAUUUGCCACUAAGACCGUUAGAAACUCGUCAUGGAACCAAUGAGGACAAAGCAGCCUUGAACCGUACAUUUUCCGCCAUGGGAUACCAGAUUCUGGAGAAAGAUAAUCUAACCGACGAUGAGAUCCGGCAUGAAGUUAAGGAAAUUGUGGCUAAAAGCGGUUCGGCAGAUUCAUUGAUUGUUUGCAUUUUAUCGCAUGGUUCGGAGGGGUUGAUUUAUGGCUGCAACAGUGUGCCCGUUAAAAUUAACGAAAUUCAACAACUGAUUGUAUCGAAGGAACUGCUGAACAAACCGAAAAUUCUCAUUUUGCAAUCAUGUCAGGGCUUACAGACCCAGAUAGCUGAACCGAUUGAAGCAAAAUUGACCAACUCAAAAUAUUUGGCACCGGAUGGCGAGGUUGUUAAAACGGUUCCGAUGAACUGUGACUUUUGUGUGGCCAAGUCUACCAUUCCAGGAUUUUCGUCAAUACGUCACAUGGUAGAGGGAUCAUGGUUCAUUCAAAUUCUAUGCGACACAAUUGCGAGAGAAAGUCACAGGAAACAUUUUCUGGAAAUCAUGACGGUCGUCAAAGGGCGUGUAAGCGAACUGAGAGGAGACAAUCUUGAAUGUAUGGUGCCGAUAUGUGAGGAAACGUUUACAAAAUAUCUCUAUUUUCCAUCGCGAGAGUUGGCAUAACAAACGGCAGGCGAGGCGUAACCGUUGCACGUCCAAUUUUUUUUUAAAGAAAAAACUGAUCGAAAGUGAAUUAAAGAAAGUCAAAGCAAAA